AUAAUUAUAUAAAUGCAAAGGCUUUGGUUGGACAGUCUGUUCAACAAAUACAGACAAAUGAAUAUCUUUAUAUUGCAUUGAUUACAACGGUAAUUGGAGAAUCGUAUCAUAUAACUCAUGAUGUAGCGUGUACAGGAACAUUAAUUACUCCUGUAUACGUCAUAACUACCGAAAGUUGCUUAAAAAAUAGAUCACCCGUUCAAAUCCAAGUUUUCCUAGGAUCUACCGAUAUUAAUAAUUGCACAAUAUACUUUACAAGCUGGUGGGUAACGUACGACACGUGGGCUCUUUACAAUAAUAUAAUGGUCACAACUCACGGCCAUGAUGUAACAAUGCUGCGAUUGGAAACAGAAGUACUUGAUGUUCAGCCGGCAGUUAUUGCAACUGUGAGAAAAGAAGAUUUAUUUGGAUUAAGGGUUGAUUUGGCUGGUUGGCCUCAACCAUCCUUAACUCGAUCUUUCAAUAUAAAGGAAAAGGCCAAUAUUAAAAUUAUAUCGGAUGACGUAUGUGUGCAAAAACUUCUAGUAUUUAAUAGACGUCCAAAUUUUCAGGAUAAUUUGUUCUGUACCUUCACAGAUCCAUAUGUACUUAUGUCCAAUGUAAAUAGUGGCGGUCCAGUUUUGCAUGAUAAUAAAAUUAUCGGUGUCAAUAAAAAAACAUAUCCAGCAACAGAACCGGAAGUAGAUCCAAGGAAAGUGAAUAUUCAUUUCAAUUUGGGAUAUUAUUUAGGUUUCAUACAUGAUAUUAUAUCCAAAUGUUAAGAAAUGAAUUACAUUUGUCAAAAGAAAUAAUUAAAUCAACGAAUAAAACCAUCUGACAAUCAUAUUUGUCAUACUUGAUACAGCUAUAACUUUUAAAAAGGAUAU